AUGCCCGCGUCGACCCCCACGCCUCUCUUCCCAGAGGCAGGCCCGUCAAAUCCGCACCUGAGACCGCACCUUGUCGAGCUCAUUCCGCAAGAACAGUUGCGGCUGGUCCUGCACCCCGUGUUUCGAUAUGUGUUGACAUAUCUCGCACAACACUACCCGCGGUACUUUCUUCGUAUUGUCAACCGCCAUGAGGAAGCGUUUGCGCUAGUUCUUGCGCUCGUGGAGAAGCAUCACCUCUGGAAACAUAAUGCCUCACUCUCAGAGUACUUUUACGGACUCAGGCUCGUUCCCACUCACAUCCCAACCCCUCGGCUGGGCCAGCUCGCGGGCCCCCAGCCCCGCCUGUCGAAGAGGCAGCGAUGGGGCAUGCUCCUCGUCCUUGUCGGGCUGCCGUAUGUCCGCGCGCGUGCCGACGACGCGUUCGACCGCUGGUCGACCCAGAACGACCCCGACCUCGCAAUGGCCGACCACGGCGCACCAUUGAACCGCAUGCAGCGCCUCUUUGUCGCCACAUACCCAUACGCAGUCACGACGUUUGAAGGUGCGCUCCUCGCUAACGACCUGGCGUACCUCUUCAACAAGACCGACUACUACCGGCCCUGGCACAGGUGGCUCGGCGUCCGUGUCGAGCGCAGGAUGAACGAGGACGACCCCUCUGGCAACGGCUUGUGGUCCAAGCUGCCGCCUUUCCUGCCGCCCCUCCUCCUCGCGCUCAAGUUUGCACAGUGGUGGUUCUCGCCGACGUCCCCGCGGUCGCUGCCCACCACGCAGGCCAGCACGUCGCUGCACACCCUUGUACGCCCACCACGCCCGCUCUCCAUCCUUCCCGAAUCGGGCCUCCUCACGCCCCCUCCUUCCCCGCCACCAGGGGCCAGCGACGACAGCGCGGUCCCCGCCGCACCCACCACCACUAUCACGCCGGAGGCAUACACCAUCGAUGUCGCGGGCUUUGGCCACUGUCCCAUCUGCAAGGGCAAGUGGGCCAACCCGGCCAUCCUCCCCUCAGGAUGGGUGGUGUGCUGGCGAUGUGGGUGGGACGCUAUUGCCGGUGAGGGCGAGGCGGGCGAGGCGGGCAAGGGACGGUGUCCGAUUACCGGUGUCGAGGUGCACCCGGACGAGCUGAGGCGUGUGCUCGUGUAA